GAUUCAGUAUCUCGACGACGUUCUCUUUGUCUUAAUUACGGAGUGGUUUUGAAAUUUGGUUGCUCCUUCAUAUUCUCGAAUUUGGCGUCGAUAAUAUCGUUAAAUAAACUAGCCGAAUCGUCAAUCGAAACGCCAGCAGUAAAGUCAUUGCGACAAAAUUAAAAUGCCCAGCUUGAAAGUGAUAGAUAACAGCAAAAUCAGCACCCCGGAAUCCUUCGCCAAUGCUCCGGAGAGUGGUGGUUCCGACGAAUGCAAUGUCUCGAAGGAAGCUGCAAAUCACUCGCAAAGCGCCACUAACUCCUCGGGAAACAAUAACGGGAACGCCAAAGAACAGCCGGCAAGCCCGUUGCAACAGAUCGUACUGAUUAUCGAGCAUAAAAUUCGCAAUUUGGAGAAACGCAAGAACAAACUUGAAUCCUACCGAUCGAUUGAAAAAUCCGGCAAGAAACUUACCGGCGAUCAGAAAACUGCCGUUUCGAAGUAUGACGAGUGUUUGACGUCCCUGGAAUUGACGAGAGAGCUGUGCAAGCAGUUCCAAACGAUUGUAGCGACCGCCAACAAGGAGGCGAAAAAGGAAGCUAAGCGGAGCGUUUUCAUUCGGGCGCAGCAGGAGAACGCCAAGAUCCGAGAAGUCUUGAUUGUUCAGGACGUUCUGAAGCGUUUUACCGAGGAAACGGUGCGCGAAGAUUUCCGCGAAGGAACCAAUGGAGCCUGUAAGAUCGCCGACAGUGACCUCCUUCUGUUGGACCAGCUGUACGAGGAGACCUUGGCGAAUCGUCCGAAAACGACGGCUGAACCGACUUUCGUCACCGCGGUCAAACAGGCGGCCGAUCAUUUCUCUGCCAUAGUGGAUGGCCGGAACAAACCUUUCGGCGAUGUUACUUACAUGCACUUGAAGAAUGUCAUUGCUGAGAUUCAGAACUGUGGAUACUUCGAGAAGGACAUCAUGACGGUUCAGGAAGAUGAUGCGGAGAAUGUUGAAGAAAAGGAAGAAACGGUUGAAGCUGAGGGGUCGGAAGUAGUUGAGGAGCUUCAGGAAUUGGAAAGUGUGGCAAUGGCGGAACCGAUUAGUUUAUCGAAGGUGGAACCGGAGCCAGUGCCUAUUGCGCCUGUAGCAAUGACAAUUGAGGCCCCCAACAUGAAAGUUUUCGCUGAAGCUCCUGCUGCAACCGCAGUUCCGACACCAUCGUUUCCAACUCAGCCUAGUGUGGUCCGUCAAGUUACGCCAAAUAUUUCCUCUUCCGUACCGGAAGUUGUGGCUGCUCCCAACUUAGUUGCUCCACCCGUUCAUAUUCCGACGCAACUGAUCAAUGCCAACAGUGGACUUCCCGCUGUAAACACACCGAACAUGCAUUCUGCUGCUCCUAUCAUCGUUCCUACUGGACCUGUCGCUGUUCCUAUGAUGCAACCUGCUGCUGCCACCCCACUUCCGUCAGUUCCGGCCCAACAACUUAACGCCACCACUGUUCAAGCCGUCGAGAAUGCUUAUUUCAAGCAACACUACAUUCAACAGCAAAUGCGUCCAAUUCAUGAGGUGAUUGGUACUGGCAACUUUUUCUUCUUGCAAGAGUCGGAAAUCGACAAACCGGAUGUAAUUUCCUCGACGGUUCCAUUCGGAAAUCCUAUGAAUUCGAACAACGUCGCUGCUCAACCGCCACAUCCGCAAGUGCUCAUGGGACAGGCGCCUAAUGCUUCCAACCAACCAACUCCCAUCGACCAGCAACAAGGCGUGUCUGCUCAACCUUCAACGGCAAUGAUCAACGCUCCUCAUCAACAACCUAACAUGAUGAUGGGCAACCAGCAGUCGAACUUCAACAAUCAACCCUUCCAGAAUUUGGCAUCACCCGGUGUCCCAAAAACUUACCAGCAUCCGCUGCAAUCGCAGACCAUGGAAACCAGGCAAAUGAGCCAACCGAUGAAUGCCAUUCCCCACUCGAGGUCACCGAUUGUUUCCAAGGCUCCCGAGCUGGGACAUAUUCCAGGCUUCACAACAAGCCACACCACUGUCGUAUCUACUCAAUCCGUACCCAACAAGGAACAGAGCACUCCAUCAAUUCCACAGGAAGAUCUGAUGGUACAAAGCAACGCACAAAGGCAGCCGGUGCAAAAAUCUCAACUGCCACAACAAAACCCAAUGGUGGGACAGCAGCAAACUGCCGGUAUGAACACCCCCUUCAACUCCAAUCUGCAACAAUAUCCUUCGCUAGUUCAAAAUAUGCAUGAAUCGCCGAACACGGCUGUAAAUGCUAAUCUUCCCGGCCUAAUGGUUGAUGCCACCGCGGAUAAGCUGAAAACUUCCCUCAACUUGUCCGACAAAUACCCAAUGAAUCAAUCGCACUUGAACCAACAGCACCAGCAACAGCAGCAUACCACCAAGCUGCGUCACGACGAAUGGAGCAGACCGUCGUCCGACUACGCGCCCAACAUGCCGAAAGCAGAAGACCAGUGGUCCAGCAGCUCGAUGGCGGCCAGGACCGGUAGUCCCAGCAGCAAACCGCAGUACAACUCAAUCUCCAACCAGCAAAAACCACCCCAGUCGGUGACCAUCGCGAAUGAGAGCACCGUUCCGAAUGUUGUGAACGAACCGCAAAUCAAACGGCACGAACAACAGCAGCAGCAGCCGCCGCAACCGCAACAGCAAAAUGACAACAUGACGUCGAGUUACGGUCAAGAUUUGCAGGCCACCCAUGGAGCGACUUCGCAUCAAUUGCAUCAAUCGCAGGGAGGACAUCGCAGCAGCGCUCGCAGUGCCCCCAGCUCUCAGUAUCAGCAAAACAACGGAACGAACGCACGUUUCGACAAUGGAAUAAAUAAUACUUCAUCGACGUUCUUCAAAAACAACGACAGAUUCUACCAGCAAAAUCAAACCAACAAUUACGGAUCUAAUAAGUCUGACUCGUCCUAUCAUCAGCGAGGUCCAAUGUUAAGGAACCGGAAUGACAACGGUAAUCCCCCACCUCGCGGAGCGGGUUACAAUUCUGCCACGGGAGGCAACAAUCAAUCCACCGGAGGCACAGCAAACAACGGUAGCAACAGCAGCGGUAACUUUGGCAGCGGUAUGGACUACCGAUCGAACGCUCGCCCAGUGAAUAGUACAAGAAAUACCGGGCCUCCAUCAGCACGGCCACAUCAACGUAAUCAUUCCGGUAACAGCUAUGGCGGUCCCCGCGGAGGAUCAAACUCCAGAGCACAAUCUUCUAUUAAUGCAUAAGAGGGCGUUCUGAGUAUGCUAGUGUUCAAACGCAUCGGAAACUAAUGAUCUACGCGUAUGUAUUUGCUGUAUUUGUAGUGACGACAAGUUAUUUUCUAAGCAAAUAGAAAUACUUCAUACUAAUUUUAACAAUUCAGAAUAAGUCGAAUACAUCUUAUACAUCAUGCAAAUUAUUCAAAUAAGUCUACUUUGCUUUCCAUUGAACUCUGUAUUAUGUAAGCAAAUAUAGCAAGGUAAUAAUGAACACUUUGAGUGUAAUCAGCAUAA